AUGUUUGUCUUUGAACAGGCUGCGCCGUCAUCGGCGGCAGCUCAUGUGUCGGCGUGCGCCUCCUUCAUCGAUGCAGAGCCGUACAAAAGCCUCCUCACCAAGUGGGGCCUCCUGCGGCCAGGGGAGUGGAACAUCCAUACGUACCGGUACCGCUGCCUCAGCGAGGUGCCCUCUUUCACGGAGGGAACGUUGUCCGCGCAACCUGUCGCUUCGCCAUCCUCAUGUCGAACUGCGAACUCAGCCGCUGCGACUGUUUCUGCUGUCGCGCUUCGCUUUCAUCACGGUGUUGCUGCGGACUUUCUGCGCAGCCUGUUUGCGUCUCCGUGCGUGCGCUCUGAUUUAGUGGGCGACGACGCCCAUCAUGCACAGAGCACCGUGGGGGAUGACAAGCUCCAGUUCCGUCCUUUGACGUGCCGCUGGACGACGCUCGAGCCAUUGCGCAACGGCCUCGUAGAUGCGAAGGUUGUGCGACAGGUUCUGCGCGACGUAGAUGGUGCAACUGUGCGAGACGCCAAUCAGCCCACAUACUUCCUGCCGACUGUGAAGCGCGUGGAGGAGCUUCUCCCUCAUGGCGAGGUCAUCAGUGAUGAGCUGCGAGCGCUCUUUCUGCGGGCUCACGGCCGCCCAAGCGCACAAGGCAAAGGAGGGUGCGGCGAGCUCUACGACGAGAGCGACCGGGAGGAUACCGACACUGACGAUGAUGACGUGUGGGGCUCGAUGAGUGGCGGGAAGCUUUCAAUGCGGCAGUUGCGUGGUGUGUUCGGCAAGGAGUCGCGCGAAGAGUUCCUGUAUCACAUUGUGUGGCGACUGAUCGCCGGUAGUGGGCCGCUGAAUCAGUUUGAGGACGACGCAGCCGUGUACCUGGAUGCGGCGCGAGAGCUGUAUCGUUGCCUUGCCAAGUCGCUUCACAUUGUCGAAGCAGCUGAGCAAGAGGUUGAUGGCGAUGUGGCAGCGUUGGAGGAGCCGAACAGCGCCCCAGUUCGGUAUAAAGCUGUAGUGGACACUUCUAUUUAUGAAGUCGCCAGUGCACCAGGGAUGACGCUGUUUCCUCGUACCGAUGGCUUGCACCCAAGCAACUUGAACUACUGCUACGUAGCGGUGAAUCCGUCCGAGCAAAUGGUAACCGUGUGGUAUCAUCGGUGCUGA